AUGAUCGAUUUGGACAAUAAAAAUCCAGUUUUGAAAAAAUCUAUUAAUAAAUUGGAUAAUGAUAUCACUGCGCAUCAAGAGAGAUUACAAUUGUUACAGGACGAAUUAGAAAGACUAAUGUGGAAGACACAAUUCAACCUAGAGACAGUAACAUUGCUUGCUACUUUAUCGACAGCUGGGUCUUACAUUCUUGGAAGAUUCAAAUGGCAACUACAUGCGAGCACUUGUCCCCAAUCGACCAAAGAUGUACGAGCUGUUACGCUCGAUCCAGGCCACUCUCAACAUUUUCUGGCAAAUUAUCUUUGGGAAUUAAUGGAUUAA